UUCCACACACACACGGCGGUGAUUAUAUUCUACCUCUUCUUGCUUGCUGUGUUGUUGCCGGGGCUUGUGGGAGAUCAACAUGGACACUGGUACGCUGACUGCGUGCUCAUGGUGUGUUCUUCGGUAUCAACUUUGAUAAGAAUGGCAAACUGAUCAAAUGGUUUGAAUCGCCAUGUCAGCUCUUCUGCUCAGAGAAAUGGAGGAGCGCACUCUACACCAACCGAAAAGGGGCGGCGAGGACCCGGGGAACGGCAGGAGUUUCCUCUUGGUGGACGAAAACGAGAAUCUGCAGGUACGGGAUGAGCUGGAUUUCCUGGAGAGGCUGGAUUGCCGGGCAGUGGAGGGGGUCAAGGUGCUCUCCAUCUUCGGGAACACGGGCGAUGGGAAGUCCCACACGCUGAACCACUGCCUGUUCGGCGGAGAGGAAGUGUUCCCCACCUCACCUCUGCAGGACUCCUGCACCGUGGGUGUGUGGGCAGCCUUCGAGCCUGCGCUGGGGCUGGUGGCGCUGGACACGGAGGGGCUCCUGGGCGCCAGCGGCAAUCAGAACCAGCGGAUGAGACUGCUGCUCAAGGUGCUGGCGGUGUCGGACGUGGUGGUCUACCGCACGCGGGCCGAGCGGCUGCACAACGACAUGUUCCAGUUCCUGGGCAGCGCCUCCAGCGCCUACCUGCGCCACUUCACCCGCGAGCUCCGUGCCCUGUCAAGCCGCUGCGGGCUAGAGGUACCCCUGUCCAGCCUGGGCCCAGCCAUCAUCGUCUUCCAGGAGACCUCCCGCACCAGGCUGCUCGGCUGGGAGAGCAGCACGCCCGGUCAGGGGGACAUCCUGCUGCAGAAGCGCUUCCAUGAGCUGGGGCUGUCCACCGAGGCGUUCAGCUCCGUGCAGUAUGUGGGCACGCAGACCGUCAGCCCCCCCACAGACUACUCGGGGCUGCUGAGCACCCUCAAACAGCAAGUGAGGAACACAGCCACGCGCUCGCCCAGACCCCCUGCCAUCGUCUACAGCGUACUGCAGGCUCUGAGUGAGCGGUUCAGCGGAGAGAUCUCGGAUGAGAAAGUCAAUCUGUACUGCUUCUUCCCUGACGAGUAUUUCACCUGCUCCUUCGUCUGUCUGAGCUGCGGGGUGCGCUGCAAGAAUGGCAUGAAUCACCUGAGAGACAACAUUCCUCACCUGGCUGAGGGCCUGUGCCAGUAUGCACACCAGUACAACAACAAGGUGCUCAUCUGUAAGAAAUGCUACGAAGGAGGCAGGGAGGUGAUUGUGAUCCCUAAAACAUCAGCGUCCAAUGAGAAUCCCUGGCUUGGACUGGCCAUGUAUGCCUGGUCAGGGUACGUGCUGGAGUGCCCGUGCUGUGGGAUUAUCUACCGCAGCCGGCAGUACUGGAUUGGGAACCAGGAUCCGGAGAGCUGCGUGGUGCGGCCCGAGGUCAAGCACGUCUGGCCCGGGAGCGAGACGUUCUUGACGGACCAUCAGAACGCAGCGCAGCGCAUGCUGGACGGGAUGAACUUUGUGAUCCAGUCUGUCUCUGAUUACAGCUCUGGACCCACCAAAGCUGUCACAGCCUGGAUCACUGACCAGGUGGCGCCUCCCUACUGGAGACCAAAUGCAGACAUUACUGCGUGCUCGGGGUGUAAAAAGCUGUUUGAAGAGCCUGAGAGGAAGCACCACUGCCGGGCCUGUGGGGAGGGCUUCUGCCAGGCCUGCUCCAGCAAGACCAUGCCGGUGCCAGAGAGGGGCUGGGGCAGCGCGCCCGUCCGUGUCUGCGAUUUCUGCUACCGCCAAGGAGGAGGGGGGAGCGACGUUCCUAGGACUGAGCCGGUGGGUCUGAUGGCUCGCAAGGUGACAGAGGUGGCUCAGAGCACGGUGGACUUUGUUUCUACUGCGAUAGACUAUCCUCUCGGUUUCGUUAAGGGAGUGGCCCGGCCUGACUACUGGGUUCCAGACCACGAGAUCCAGCAAUGUGGGCACUGCAGCAAAGCGCUCUCCCCCAGGAUGUCGAAACACCACUGCCGGGCCUGCGGGGGCGGGUUCUGUGCCCAGUGCUCGAGCGAGCGGCGCCCGGUGCCGUCCCGCGGUUGGGACCACCCUGUGAGGGUCUGCAUCCGCUGCAGCCAGAACAAAGGGGAUCUGUAGACACUUUUCAUUAGCUUUCCCUUUUAAAGCGAGUCAGAUUUUCUGUCUGACUGGGGACUGGUCUGACUGGGGACUGUGGCCUGGGGACUGGUUGUUCAAAUGCAUUGGGUGCAAAUGUUUUCUUUUGUAAUACAAAACUCUUCAGAAUCUUCACAUACUAAAUUUAAUAAUCUUUCUUGGUGCAAGCAGAAUAAAACUAAAGGCACUCAGGUUGUCUUUAAUUUUGCAAUCAGGAGUUCUGAUUUUAGCUUUUAACCAAUAAACACAGGUAAGGCAGUUCCAGAACAAAAGGAAAGUAGUGCUUCCCCUAUAAAUUGUGAAAGAACACUGCAGACUGUUCUGUGUUCACUUGCCUGUGCUUGUUGCAGUUCAGUGUUUGGCUGCAAUAGAGGGAAGGUGAACGCUGUAAUUCCCGUCUGUUUGUUUUUUUUUUUAUUAUUAUUUGAGCAGUUUGCAGGACGCCUCCACACUUCAAACUCCAGUGCUUUUGAGCGACACCAGAAAGACCCGGUCAGUUCACUUUUCAGACAUUAAAAAAACAUAAAACCAACUAAGUGCUGAAUCACAAAUAUGUCUUUAAAGAAACACAGAAAAAGGUUAAAAAUGAACAUGGUAAGAUAGUGUCCCAGCUAGAAAAAGUUUGAUAAACCCGUUUAGACACAUCUUGAAAAUAAAUCCUCCAUCACUUCAGAACAUUCAAUCAGAAUUCAAAUGUACGUAAAUAGGCAAACGUUCAUACACUGAAGAACAUUUGUCUACUUGACAUAACUUUCUAGUUUUACCUGUGGGUGAUACUCCUACUUGACUUUUUAAGAGGUAUUUAAUAAGUGCAUUCAUUAAUGUGUAGAUUGAUUUUCAAUGUCAUUUAUUACUUUGGAAGCGGAUUUUCCUCUCAUCCGGGGUACCAGUUGGCUUUUAAAACACGCAAUACAGAAGUUAACUGAGAUUGAUCGGUGCUCUGUUGUAAAGGUGAGGGAAGGACAGCUUUUCUUGUUUUGAAAUCACAUUAAUUGAUUUAAUACUUUACUGAUUUAAGUACUUCUUAAAGGCAAUUCAUCGUGUCAGCACACCCUAGUUUUGAUUGUGAUUGUGAAGUUCACCUUGUUUUAAUUAGGUUUGACUCAUUUUUAAUAUUGUUGCUGUUUUGAAUUGAAGCCAGGCAAAAUAGAAAAUGUAACGAAUACACAAUUGGGAAAUGGUUAACUAGUUUAUCUUUGGAUAAUCCAUUUCUAUGUACAUAGUAAUUAGUAUGUCUUAAUAAUGAUAUUAUUAUGCACCUUUCUUUUUCAAGUUUUGGUAUAUAAAUAGUCUAUUUUUACCUAAGUUUAAGGAAAUGCCACAAAAAAUAAAAAAUUGUAAUGCGUUGGUAUGAAUAAUAAAUACUUUAAAAUCA